ACCAAGUCACCGACCGUCAAAACUGCUCUUAUAUUUCUCUUCAUUGAAGGGAAAAAAAAUUAAAAUAAAAAGCAACCCAUUACGGCGAGUGAACGGAUAUUAUAGAAAAACUUGAUUGUUAACAUCUGUUAAGGUGUAAAUUCAUAGGUUAUUAAUAUUUCUUCGGGCUUGGAGAUUAAGGAUAGACUGAGAUUAAUCUUUGCAUGGGAAAAGAAUGCCAGAUUUGCAACGUGGAAUUCGUCGAUCAAGAGGCUUAAUAAAAGCCAGGAGAACAAUGUUUGUGUAGCUCAAACUCCGCAGCUUGGUGCUGGAAGAGCCCCAGCGGGUAGAGGUAGAGGUUCUAGAGCAAUGAAUCAAGAGAAUACCAAGCGUUUUGCUGCUGGGUUCAUGGUCGGGGUGGCACAGGUUUGGAUUUGCCCAAAACAGGUAGUUGAGAAAAAGGCUGAAAAGUUGUUAGCGUUGAGGAGGAAGGAAGCAUGAGUCCACUUCCCGAAAAGAUACAGUUUGGCAACUCCCCUGUGUACAAGGUAGAGAAAAAGCUGGGAAAAGGGGGAUUUGGACAAGUUUAUGUUGGAAGAAGGGUGACUGGUGGUGCAGGGCUAACUGGGCCUGAUGCCUUUGAGGUUGCUAUGAAGUUUGAGCAUCGAACUAAUAAAGGGUGCAGUUCUAGCCCUCCUUAUGAGUGGCAAGUAUACAGCACCCUUAAUGGUUGUUAUGGACUUCCUUUGGUCCAUUACAAAGGUCAGCAGGGAGACUACUAUAUCCUUGUCAUGGAUAUGCUGGGCCCAAGUCUAUGGGAUGUUUGGAACACGAACAAUCAGAUGCUGUCUGAAGAGAUGGUGGCUUGUAUAGCAGUGGAGGCAAUAUCAAUUCUACAGCAGCUUCACCUCAGAGGUUUUGUACAUGGAGAUGUUAAGCCGGAGAACUUUUUGCUUGGCCAGCGUGGAACACCUGAUGAGAAGAAGUUGUAUCUAAUUGAUCUUGGUUUGGCUUCAAGAUGGAAAGAUGUAGCUUCUGGACGUCAUGUAGAUUAUGAUCAAAAGCCUGAUGUUUUCAGGGGAACCGUACGCUAUGCAAGUGUGCAUGCUCAUCUAGGUAGGGUAGGAAGUCGAAGGGAUGACCUUGAGUCAUUGGCCUAUACCCUCAUAUUCCUUCUCAGAGGAAAACUUCCUUGGCAAGGAUUCACUGGAGAAAAUAGGGGAUUCCUUGUUUGUAAGAAGAAGAUGGGAACUUCUUCGGAGAUGCUUUGCUGCUUGUGUCCUCCUCCUUUUCAGCAGUUUCUUGAGAUGGUGACCAACAUGAAAUUCGAUGAAGAACCCAACUAUGCGAAGCUUAUUUCCCUUUUCGACAAUAGCUUAGGCUCCAAUGUGUUGUUGCGACCUAUCAAAACUGAAGGAGCUUUUAAGGUGGGUGAAAAAAGGGGAAGAUUUCCUGCUGAUUUGGAAGAUGGUGGACAGUUUAAGAAGAAAGUUCGGCUGGGUUUUCCAGCUUCUCAGUGGAUCUCUGUCUACAAUUCGAGAACACCAAUGAAGCAAAGGUACCAUUAUAAUGUUCUGGAUUCGAGACUUCACCAACAUGCGGAAAAGGGCAAGGAAGAUGGUUUGUACAUUAGCUCCGUAGCUUCAUCCAAGAAUUUGUGGGCGAUUGUUAUGGAUGCAGGAACAGGGUUUUCUUCCCAGGUUUAUGAAUUAUCUCGUAGUUUCCUGCACAAGGAGUGGAUAAUGGAACAGUGGGAAAAGAAUUACUACAUCACUUCAGUUGCUGGUGCAUGUAACGGUAGCGCCUUGGUGGUUAUGUCGAAGGGUACACCUUAUACUCAACAGUCCUACAAAGUUAGUGAUGUAUUUCCUUUUAAAUGGAUCAAUAAGAAGUGGAGAGAAGGCUUCUUUGUAACCUCUAUGACUACAGCAGGUAGCAAAUGGGGAAUUGUCAUGUCCAGAAAUGCUGGUUAUUCUAAUCAGGUUGUUGAGCUUGAUUUCCUUUAUCCUAGUGAAGGGAUCCAUAGAAGAUGGGAAAAUGGAUAUAGAAUUACCGCAACUGCCUCUACAGAAGAUCAAUCUGCAUUUAUACUUAGUGCAUCCAAGAGAAAAUCACAAGAUAUAAUGCAAGAAACUUUGCGGACAUCUGCUUUUCCUUGUACCCAUGUCAAGGACAAGUGGUCAAAAAAUCUGUAUAUUGCAUCCAUCUGCUAUGGGAGAACAGUAUCUUGAUUUCUGGAUUUGGAAGGAGAACUGCACCUGUAAAUCAAAUGCAGAUUUUACAGGUGGUUGGAUUGCCUAAGAAAGGCAUUGGCAGUCCUUUUGGAUUAAUCUAUAGUAUGCAGAGAAAAGAGCUGUUGUUGUCAUGUAGAGAUCACCUUUGUGGAGAAGUAUUGAGAAACUUGAAUUGGGCGCCGUUUGAAAAUCCAGACUCGUGGAAGAGUUUAUACAGUGCCGGAGCCAUCUUUUUAGUAUUGGUUCCAGAAGACUUUUCUCUCGUCAUAUUGAUGACAUUGACCUCUUAUGCGGUUGAAGUUUGAAGAGGUUCUGUCGUAUUACUACAGAUUUGAGAGAGUUCAGGGAGUUACUAUAAAUAUCUCACGUGACUACCAUAGCUGUAAUCGAUUGGGAAAAUGUAAAUUGUUGGAACUUUCUGUUUAAGAAAUUUGUUCUUGUUGAGGCAUUGCUUUAGAGUUUGAGCGGGGUUGAUUUGGGUAUUGGGUGCAUGUCUACGUGGAAAAAAAAAAAAAAAAUUUACAGUGGUCGCAUUCGCACUUACAACCAAUUAAUUAUGAGGUUAUCAUAUCCAACACACUUGAUAUGUAUUCGUUUUAUGACUAAUUGGUUGUACAACCAUUGGAGUGGAA